CUUUCACCUCACCUCGCUCGGCCUUUCCCUCCGUCCGAUCUGUACACCUCACCAUCCUCCUUCAUCCACAAUGCUGACGCUUAGCUCGCCUCUGCUGCCAAGGCUGGACAGCAGCGAUGCCCUCGACGCUCGAAUCCUGUCCGUCAUCAGCCGCACAUCUUCGCCUCUGCUCAUCUCUUCCUCGGCGCUCGCAAAAGUGCAGUCCAGUCUUCCGGAUUCCCUCGCAUACAUCGUUGUAGCCGACUCGCAACUUUCGGCCAGCGAAGCCGCCGAUAUCCUCGAUGGAGGAGCAGAGGCCAUUGUCCUGUCGGCAAAUGAUGCUCCUGCUUUCCUCGAUGGGGACAAGCCUAUUCUACCCCUGGAAAGGGUCGUCCUCUCAGUGGAUGCAACCACAGCAGCUUCCUUACCUGCAUACGCCGAUAAGGGUCUCGCCGCCGUCCUCGUGACGCUUCCCGAUGGCGUGGAACUGGAGAGCUCGCCAGCAGGCGAUAUCAUUGGCUCUUUCACCAAGGUCAUGAAGACAAAGGAGACCGGACGACCAGUAUACGUUGCAGCUUCUUCAGUCUCUACAUCACAGGUCCCAACAAAGGAUCACACUGCACGGGCUUUUGCCCUUGGCGCUGCCCUUGUAGUACCGACCUCUCAUCUCGGACUAGACAUGUCUUCAGGCAAGCUGGAUCUCAUCGAGGCAUUUACCUCCCCUCUCGUCUCGGAUCGCAAAGACGGUCUUUUCCCCACUAAUGUCGUUGCUGCCUCUCUGCUCACAUCACUUGGGCUCGUUUACUCCUCUCUAGAGUCGGUCCGUGAGUCGCUUCUUACUGGAUCGGCGGUCUACCAAUCACGAACAAGAGGUCUGUGGAGGAAGGGUGAGAGCAGCGGAGCGACGCAAGAAGUGGUACGAAUUAGGAUGGACUGCGAUUCCGAUGCCCUGGAGUUCAAGGUCAGGCAGAGGAAGGGGACCACGCAAGCCGCCCAUGCAGGGUUUUGUCACCAGAGCACAAAGGAGAGCUGUUUCGGCCCUUUUGAAGGUCUUGCCAAGCUGGAAGCGACUCUCAAGUCUCGCAAGGAGUCGGCACCCCCUGGCAGCUACUCUGCUCGCAUCUUCUCUGAUGAGGCCUUGCUCGCAGCCAAGAUCAAGGAAGAGGCAGUCGAGCUGAUCGAGGCAAAGGACGGCGACAAGGAGCAUAUCGCUUUUGAGGCAGCAGAUCUCCUCUACUUUGCUCUCGCUCGGUGCAUUCGCGCCGGAGUGGGAUUGGAGGAUGUGGAACGGUCAUUGGACAAGAAGAGCAUGAAAGUGACGAGGCGGAAGGGCGAUGCUAAGCCCGCUUACAUUGGCGGCUCUUCCGGUAAUCCCGGUGCCAACCAAAAGGCACAGGCUGAGGGCGCAAAGCCGCUUCCUGUCUCUGCUACCAAUGGCACCAGUAGCAGUGACCCCUCGGCCCCCAUCAAGAUGCAGUCCUACAGGCUCGAGAAUCUGUCAGCAUCACAAAAGGCUGCUCUAUUGAAGAGGCCGGCAAUCAAGUCCGAGGCGACGAUGGAAAUUGUCCGCCCUAUUCUCAAGGCUGUCAAGGAGCAAGGCGACGCUGCUGUUCUCGACCUGACCGCGAGGUUCGACAAGGUCAAGCUUACCUCGACUGUCCGCACUGGUCCCUUUGCAGGGCCAGAUGUGAUGGCCCAGAUCAAGCCAGAAGUCAAGACUGCCAUCGAUCAGGCGUACGCAAACAUCUACAAGUUCCACUACGCCCAGAAGGUGACUGGUGGUAACAAGAGCGCUGCAGCCGUGGGCGCAGGUGGUGUUGCUCCCGGCACGGGAGAGGGUGAAGAGGACGCAGUCCUCGAAGUGGAGACGAUGCCCGGUGUGGUGUGUCGUCGCUUCGCUCGCCCAAUCCAGCGGGUCGGUCUCUACGUGCCCGGAGGCAGUGCCGUUCUUCCCAGUACGGCUCUGAUGCUGGGUAUCCCUGCUCAGAUUGCUCAAUGUCCCACCAUCGUCCUGGCUACCCCACCACGCUCCGACGGCAGCAUCGCCCCCGAGGUCUUGUACGUCGCAGACAAAGUUGGCGCUUCCGCUCUGCUAUGUGCGGGUGGUGCGCAAGCCGUGGGUGCAAUGGCCUAUGGUACGGAGACGUGUCCCAAGGUAGACAAGAUCUUUGGUCCUGGCAACCAAUUCGUCACUGCCGCUAAGAUGCUCGUGCAGAACGACCUCGACGCACUCGUCUCCAUCGACAUGCCCGCUGGUCCCUCGGAGGUGCUGGUGAUUGCAGACAAGAGUUCUCACCCGGACUUUGUUGCCUCUGAUCUCCUCUCGCAAGCGGAGCACGGCCCCGACUCUCAAGUCGUCCUCGUCGGUGUGCAACUCAGCGAUGUGGAGCUUCUAGCCAUCGAGGAGAGUCUAGAUCGUCAAGCUAAAGCUCUUCCCCGGUGCGAAAUUGUACGCAAGGCAAUCGAGAAGUCUGUCACGGUCGUUGUGCCCACACGGGAAGAGGCAAUGGCAUGGAGCAACGCCUAUGCCCCCGAGCACCUCAUUCUGCAACUCGACGAUGCCGAAGAAUUGGCAAAGGGCGUAGUCAAUGCAGGUUCCGUCUUCAUUGGACCCUGGACUCCCGAGUCAGUAGGAGACUAUGCCUCUGGAUCUAACCACUCGCUGCCUACCUUUGGCUUUGCAAGACAAUACAGUGGUGUUUCUACCUCGGCCUUUCAGAAACAUCUCACGGCGCAGAGCCUCACCAAAGAGGGACUGAGCGCACUUGGACCUCAUGUCGUUGCACUGGCAGAGUGUGAGGGACUCGAGGCGCACGCCGAGGCGGUGAGGAUUAGGCUGAGGAAGUUGCAGGAGGCUGUUGCAUCGGCCUAAGCGCCGAACAGGAUAUUGUACUUGCGAGCAAGACGAAAAUGGAUGGGAGGGGGAUGGGAUGAGAUGGACGAUGCCAUGUGACAAGGAGGAAUGGAUGGGAGCCUUUUCUUCGUUGGUAGAGAAAUGUAGAGGAUCAGUUGUUUCGCAGGCUGUAGAAAUUGCAAUUGCACAUCUUCAUCUUCGAC